AUGUCAAAGAAGACUAGCUUAGGUAGACAAAAAAUCCUCAUUGAAAAAAUACAGAAAAAAAGUCAUUUACAAGUUACAUUCUCUAAACGACGAUCAGGACUAUUUAAAAAAGCUAGUGAACUUUGCACCCUUUGUGGAGUUGAGAUUGCAAUUAUAGUUUUCUCUCCCGCUAAUAAGCCGUUUUCUUUUGGUCAUUCAGAAAUUGAAUCUAUCAUUGACCGUUAUUUGACUCGUAAUCCUCCACAAGAAUCUAAUACUCACCAAAUUGUUGAGGCUCAUAGAAAUGCUAAUGUCCAUGAUCUCAAUAUGCAACUGACUCAACUUCUUAACCAUUUGGAGAUUGAAAAGAAAAAAGGGGAAGAGAUAGACCACAUGAGAAAAGCUAGGCAAAGGAAAUUUUGGUGGGAGUGCCCUAUUGAUGAACUUGGCUUCUAUGAAUUGCUCCAAUUAAAGGUUUCAAUUGAGGAGUUGAAGAAGAAUUUGGGAAAAUUUGCUAGCAAAUGCAUCAUGGAACUAUCUAACAUGUCUUCACCAAAUAUUGGUUUCCAAUAUGGAUAUUUUUGA